CCUAGGCCCUAGGUCGGGUGACUUGUUGACCGGAGUUGCGAUGGAGUCAGAGUGGGAUGCACUGAGAGUGCUGGGAGCAGUUACCGCCGUGUGUCUGCUGCUGUGGGUGACCUGGGGGUUGGUCUACACAGUCUAUGUUUACCUGCUGCCCCAGGCGCGCCGGGGCGCCCCCUGGCUCCGGGCCCAUGGAGCCUGGGCAGUGGUGACAGGAGCUACCAGCGGCAUUGGCAGGGCUUAUGCACAUGAGCUUGCCCGGAGAGGUCUGAACAUCGUCCUCAUCAGUCGAGACCCGAGCAAGUUGGAACACGAGGCCAAGGAGAUAGAGCGGCUUUAUGGCCGAAGCACCCGAGUCAUCCAGGCUGAUUUCACCGGGGGCUUGGAGAUCUAUGAGCCCAUUGAGGCAGGACUGAAGGACCUGGAGAUUGGAAUACUGGUGAACAAUGUGGCCAAGCAAUAUGCAGACAACUUGGGUAAACUGCUCGACUUUGAGGACACCGCCCAAAAACUCUCGGAUAUUAUAAACUGCAAUAUGAUGUCUGUGGUCCAGAUGACUCGAAUCGUCUUGCCACAAAUGGUUACCAGGCGCAAAGGCAUCAUCAUCAACAUAUCUUCGAUAGUGGACAGGAACCCCUUUCCGUUUAUAGCAAUGUAUGGAGCCACCAAGGCCUUUGUGCGAAGCUUCUCCGCGUCCCUGAAAGCAGAGUACAGCUCCGAGGGGGUCCUCGUGCAGACCGUGAGCCCCUUUAUAGUUGAAACAAAUAUGACCUUGGCCAUGAAAAAUCGAUUUCUGGUGGUGAAUGCCCACGACUUCGCUCGGCAGGCAUUGGACACGCUGGGCCUCACCUCCUAUACCCCCGGGUGCCUCCGCCACGCCUUGCAGGGUCUCCUGCUGGCUAUCUUCCUGCCCAGUUGGUUUUGUUGCAGUCGCGAAGGAGUAAAGCUUUUGUCUCUGUUUGCGAAUUGGAGUAGGGAACAGUCACUUCCUAGAAGAACUCGAUAAAAAGCCUUGGAGAGGCAUGGCCACUUGUCCGUCGUCCCCAGCUCCCCCGUUCCCUCCAGAAUCCUGGACCAGAGCUGCUGAUGUUAGAAAAGAUGGCCCACACGUCGAAACAGACGGACAAGCAGGCCAAUGGAACAGAACUGGAUCCCCAAACGCCUGGACAUUUAGUGACAACUGUGGCAUCUCAAAUCUUUGGCAGGAAGAUGGAGUUUUUAAUAUGUGGCACUGAAACAACUAGAUAGACAUUUGGAGAAAAACAAAUAUAUACGUAUAUACACAUAUAUAAAUUGUAGCGAUGAUGGUUGCACAACUUUGUGAAACACUAAAAACCACUAAAUUGUACACACUAAAAGGUAUGUGAAUUAUAUCUCAAUAAAAA